GGGCUCUCCAGGGAAUCCUCCUGCUCUGGUUUGUGACCAUGGGGAAGAGAGUGGCUGUCGUGCUGGCUGGCUGCGGGGUGUACGACGGGAGUGAGAUCCACGAGUCUUCUGCUGUGCUGGUGCAUCUCAGCAGGGAGGGGGCAGAGGCAGAGGUUUAUGCUCCUGAUGUGGACCAGAUGCACGUGGUGGACCAUGUGAAAGGACAGCCGACUCAGGAGAAGCGCAAUGUGCUGGUUGAAAGUGCCAGAAUAGCCAGAGGCAACAUCAAGGAUCUGGCUAAGCUGGAUGUCAAGGGGCUGGAUGCCCUCAUCAUACCAGGUGGCUUUGGAGUGGCUAAAAACCUGAGUACUUGGGCCACCCAAGGCAAGAACUGCAUCGUCUCCAAAGAGGUGGAGGAUGUCCUGAAGGCAUUCCACGCUGCCAAAAAGCCCAUUGGCCUGUGCUGCAUUUCCCCAGUGCUGGCAGCCAAAAUCUUCCCAGGUUGUGAGCUGACUGUUGGUCACGACACAGAGUGUGAGAAAUGGCCGUACGCAAAGACUGCUGAGACCGUGAAGGAGCUGGGCUGCAGGCAUGUGAACAAACACGUCACGGAAGUUCACGUGGAUGUGAAGAACAAGCUGGUGACCACCAGCGCCUUCAUGUGCAACGCCCCCAUUCAUGAGAUCUACGAUGGCAUCGGAGAAAUGGUCAGAGAAGUGGUCAGACUUGCCUGAAUGACACAGAGCC